AUGCAUAAGACAUAUUCUUUGAGAAAUGCCAGACAGCCUACUGCUGCUCAAUUACAAUCACCUCCACCUCCUACUUCUACCACCAAGUCUCGUUUCUUUGGUAGAGCAGGUCUAGCUGCUUCCUUUCGUAAGAGUGCAGCCGGCUCCUUUGGUCCAGAAUUAGCUAGAAAACUGUCUCAAUUGGUCAAGACUGAAAAGAACGUGCUAUGUUCCAUGGAAAUCGUCACUAAUGAACGUCGUGCUGCCGCUAGACAAUUGUCUCUGUGGGGUUCUGAUAAUGAUGACGACGUCUCUGAUGUUACUGACAAAUUAGGGGUCCUGCUAUUUGAGUUAGGUGAGUUGCAAGAUCAAUUCAUCGAUAAAUACGAUCAAUAUCGUGUCACUAUGAAAUCCAUUCGUAAUAUUGAAGCAUCCGUACAACCAUCUAGAGAUCGUAAGGAUAAGAUUACAGAUGAAAUUGCUCAUUUGAAAUAUAAGGAUCCUGUGUCUCCUAAGAUUCCUGUCCUAGAACAAGAAUUGGUUAGAGCAGAAGCAGAAUCCUUAGUUGCAGAAGCUCAAUUAUCUAAUAUUACUAGAGAAAAAUUGAAAGCUGCUUAUAAUUAUCAAUUUGAUUCUAUGAGAGAAAUGGCCGAGAAAUUUGCUUUGGUUGCGGGUUACGGUAAAGCUUUAUUAGAAUUACUAGAUGAUGCCCCUGUUACUCCUGGUGAAAUUAGGCCUACUUAUGACGGUUACGAUGCCUCUAGACAAAUUAUUAUGGACGCAGAAGCUGCAUUGGAGGCUUGGACUCUGGAUUUCGCAGUGGUUAAACCAACUUUAUCAUUCCAUCAAACAAUUGAUGACGUCUACCAAACUAUGCCUGAGGAUGAACUUGAAGAUGAUUUGGUCGAUGAUGCUGAUGUCAUUGAAGAUGUUCUAGAAGAUGAAGAACAUCCAGAAGAUGAAGAAUAUUAA